AUGACGAACACCGAUCCAGCAACCCCGGUGAAAGCCACCGCACCGAAGCACAUUGAGCUCGAGGAGAAUCCGCCCGUGCACCAUCCCGGCGGCGAGCCGAGCCCCGGCCUGAGGAAUGACAAGGGCUGGGAUGGCAAGCUUCGCGUAAACCGGCCGUCUCUGGCAAACCCAGAGGCGCUCUCCGACCCGGAAUACUCUGAUGACGAGAACGUUUUGGCCGGCGAGGUUAUCGACGCCGACGAGAAUCUCCUCGACAGCGAGCCUCUCGACACCGAAGAAAUCAUCGUCUCGCAUUCCCGCAUCUCUUCCAUCCCCAACCUCAAACUCGAGCGGUUCAAGCAGGUCGCCCGCCUUUGCUUUCGCCAAAACUGCAUCCAGGAAAUCGAAGGGCUCGAAGGCCUCGCCGCUACCCUCAAGGAACUCGACUUGUACGACAACCUCAUUACGCGCAUUCGCGGCAUCGACGAGCUCGUCAACUUGACGACCCUCGACCUGAGCUUCAACAAGAUCCGCCAUAUCAAGCACAUCUCCCACCUCAAGGACCUCCGCGAGCUGUUCCUCGUCGCCAAUAAGAUCUCGACGAUAGAGGGCCUCGACGAACUCCAGAACGUGACCAUGCUCGAACUCGGCUCCAACCGCAUCCGCGAAAUCAAGAACCUUGAAUCCCUCACCGCCCUAGAGGAGCUUUGGCUUGCCAAAAAUAAGAUCACACAGCUCACUGGGUUGGGUGGCCUUCCUAACCUCCGGCUUCUCAGCAUUCAGUCCAACCGGAUCAGGGACCUAUCGCCCCUCGCCGACGUACCCAGCCUCGAGGAACUCUACAUUUCUCACAACGCCCUCGAGUCUCUCAAGGGCCUAGAAACCAACUCGAAGCUGCGAAUCAUCGACAUCUCCAACAAUCAAAUUACUAGCCUAGAAGGUCUCGAAACCUUGGCCGAUCUCGAAGAGCUCUGGGCCAGCUAUAACCAAGUUGCAGAUAUCGGUGCGGUCGAAAAGGUCUUGAAGGAUAAGCAGAAGCUAUCGACGGUUUAUUUCGAGGGGAACCCCGUUCAGCUUCGCGCUCCCGCGCUGUACAGAAACAAAGUCAGGCUGGCUCUCCCCCAGGUCAUACAAAUCGAUGCCAGUAAGCUUUUACUCCCUAAUUCCUAUCCUACGUCAAAGUAUAGCGAAUUCUGGCAAGGUCGCCAGGACUCUCACCCCAACUCGAUACCCUGA